AAAACACCGCUCACACAAACAAAGGAGGGAAAAUCGCAUCUCUCAUUCUAUUUCCCUUUGGCCAUUAACAACACUCAAUCUCUUCCUUCAUUCGCAAACCAACUUUCUACAAACUCUAACUUCCCUUCCUUUUUUUCUCAUCCGUUGUCACAAAGGCAAACCAAAAAGGUGACAAAAUAAAAAGAGAGAACCUUUCUUAGCUUCAACAAAAUGCGAUCCCCUUCUUGUAAGAUUCCCACCUCCUUUCUACCCUUCUUUUUCAAUUCUUAUGCUUCUUUUCUCUUUUUAAGUCAUUCUGUGAGUAAAGGUGCUCGCUUUUUGUUCUCUUCUUCUGUUUUUCUCAUCUGGGUCUGUUUCAUCUCCCCCUCCCCCUCCCCCUUUUCCGCUCUCAACUUUUUUCUCGAAAUUCUGAAGGAUAUUUACUUAUUCUAGAGGUUUAGACGCAUAGUAUUUAGAAUUUCAUUGUGUUACUACAAAGAUGGGGGAUCACUUUGAGUUGCUGGUGGAUCGAUUGCUUACUGAAUCCACAUUAGAAGCUGCACUUGAAAGCAGAAAUAGGUCAAUGCAGGCUGCAUCCUCAGCAGUGAAUGAUACAAAAAUUGAUCUCUCGUUGAUGAAGAUGGGUGUGGAUAAUAUCAAAUGUCCAGGGAAACUGGUAGAAUGCAGGAUAUGCCAUGAUGAUGAUGAAGAUUAUAAUAUGGAGACACCCUGCUCAUGUUGUGGUAGUUUGAAGUAUGCCCACCGCAGAUGUGUACAAAGGUGGUGUAAUGAGAAAGGUGACACCACCUGUGAGAUAUGCCACCAGCAAUUCAAGCCUGGGUAUACAGCUCCUCCUCCACUGUUUCAGUUUGGACGUAUUCCAAUGAGUUUCAGGGGAAAUUGGGAGAUUUCAAGAAGAGACUUGAAUAGUACUCAUUUGGUUAGCAUGGUUCCCACCGAUCAGAACCUUGCCAAUUCUAACUAUGAUCAAUAUUCAGCCUCUGCUACAGGAAGUUUGAUAUGCUGUCGUUCAGUUGCUGUCAUUUUCAUGGUUCUACUGAUUUUAAGACAUACUCUUCCCCUUGUAAUUAGUGGAAAUAAGGAGUAUUCUUUCCCCCUAUUUAUGCUGUUAUUACUUCGGACUGUGGGAGUUGUUCUUCCCAUAUACUUCAUGGUUAAAGCAGUGGCCUUAAUCCAAAGACAUCGGAGACAGCAUCGAGAGCACCUUAAUGCCUUGGCCAGUUCAUCUGAUGAUGAGAGCCAACAACCAGCUUUGCAGCCUCAGCCUCAUGUCAUACAUGUUCUGUAAAAAUACUGUAGCCACUUGAAGUAAAUGAAGUGUUCGAUUGAGAUGCUGCAAUCUGUCUUCUGAUUUUUUAUUUAAAUUAGAUGGAGACAACUUCCCUGAGACCGAAAACUGUGAGUUUGCUAAGGAUGAGGAAAGUGAAAUUCAGAUGCAACAGGUGUCGUAGCUAUUAGAGGCAUUGCAUGCCCCUUAUGUUACCACUUACAAAGUCCCUGCUGUAGCUACUCCUGGGGAAGUCUUGGCAGCAAGUUACACAUUAGUUUUACUGUUUCUGCUUACUGAUUGGAAUUAUUCAGAUGUAUAGAUAGAAAUCAUACAAUUAUAUAGCGAAAAUUACAUGGGGUAGAUAUAUAUAUUAAAAAU